GAGGCAGCUCGCUGCUGACGGGGACAGGGACACCGACAGGGGUGCCAGCGCCUGGCGCGAGGUGGCAGAGGGGACAAUGGGGCUCUGUGUCGCCUAAUCCGGGGCACGGGGCCGGGGGUUGGCACCCCGGGGUGGCGCGGGGGGGUUUAAAGGCCAGACCGGCCGGUGUCCCCUGUGCCAGGCGUCCCCGAGCCCUCGUCCCCUGCGCGCUCUCAGGCCACGGCUCCCAUCCCAAGCCCCUCUGCCACCAGGAUGGUGAGUGGCCCCGGGUGGCGGGUCCGGGAGGAGCUCUCGAUGCCCCAGGCGAGCCCGGAGCGGGUGCCCAGCCCCGAGGAGCAGCAGUGGGCAGGGCCCGAGGCGCUGUGCCCGGGCUGGCUGGAGGACGAGGCCCCCGAUGGCGAAGUGCCCGGGGACAGCGGGGACCCCGACGGUGCCACCCACGCCUACGAGAGGCUCCAGAGCGCCCUGAGCCAGGAGGGGCUGCCCCCCACGCUGGACUGCUCCGCGGAGCCCCGCACGGGAUUUGGCCCGCUGGACAUGACCGUUUGCAUCCUGGGCUCGCCCAUCCCCUUCCUGCCCGUCCUGCUGGAGGGUGGCACCCGCUGCCCAGGUGCCAUGGUGCUGUGCCUGUCCCCCUCCUGGGCCAGCCGGGUGCCAUCGGAGUCGUGCCCGGGCGCCUGGUCCCUGCUGCUCUCCCGGGGCGUCUCCUUCAAGGUGGGGGGGCACAGCGCCCUGGAGAGCUUCGUGCCGCCCCGCCGUGCCAACUACGUGACGGGCACCUUCGCACCGGGGGACCCCGAGGGCGGCUGGGUGGGCGAGCUGGCCCGUGACCUGGACUGCCCCACGGGGGGCUCGGUGCCGCUCGCCCACCGCCUGGAGGACGCGCUGCUCGCCCGCUGGGUGCUGGCGGCUCGGGCCAACCUGCCCGUGCCCCCCACGCUGGCCUUCGUGCUGGGCACCAGGGGGGACCUGCCCGCCCUGCCCGCGGCCCCCGGCGUGAGGCUGGUGCGGCUGCAGGACCCGCAGGGCCAGCAGAGCCUGGUGCAGGAGGAGGUGGGCGCCUUCCUGGGGGGAACCGCCAUGGAGCCGUACGGCCAGGUGGUGGUGCGGCCGGCGGGGUGGCGGUGGCGGGGGACAGGCGCCCGCAGCACCCACAGGAAGGAGGAGGGCGCGGAGGUGGCGCAGGCGGUGGGUGCCCGGCUCCGGGGGCUGACGGAGGAGGACAGCGUCCUGCUGGAGGCCAUGGUGCCCACCGCCCGCCUGCCAGUGCCCCCCCCACGCAGCCCAGCCCCGCGGCUGCCCAUGGCCCUGCGCAUCUGCACCCUCGUCUGCAGGUCCUGGGGGGACCGGCCCCAGCUCUGCCAGGUGGCCUGCGCCGUGGGACGCGCAGAGAGCCCGGUGCGCCACGGCGCGGCGCUGCCGCAGGGCCUGGACUCCGGCCUGCAGCAGUGCGGGGUGGCGGCCCCCGGGCAGCGACAGGCGCUGGCCACGCGGCUGCGGGAGGCCACCGAGGCCGCCGCGGCCGCCCUGCUGGCCAGCGAGGCCGAGCUGAGCCCGCGGCAGCGCGGCGGGGACCGGGCCCGCACCGACAUCCUGGGCGUGGAUUUCCUGCUGGCGUGCGUGGAUGAGGCGCUGCAGCUGGUGGCGCUGGCCACGAACGGGCAGCGGUGCCUGGAGACGUGCGCGCUGGCCGAGGCCAUGGGGCGCGGCGUGGGCGAGCCCCGCGGGGACGUGCCGCGGCUGCUGGCCGAGGCCAUGCUGCACCGGGCACAGCGUCACCUGGUCGAGGGCAAGGACAUCCUGCUCAUCGGGGCCGGCGGCGUCAGCAAGAGCUUCGUGUGGGAGGCGGCCCGCGACUACGGCCUGAGGAUCCACCUGGUGGAGUCGGACCCGGAGCACUUCGCGGCGGGGCUGGUGCAGACCUUCCUGCCCUACGACAGCCGGGAGCACCGGCGCGACGAGGAGCACGCGGAGCGGGUGCUGGAGCUGCUGCGCUCCCGGGGGCUGCGGCCCCACGCCUGCCUCUCCUACUGGGACGACUGCGUGGUGCUGGCGGCGCUGGUGUGCCAGGGGCUGGGGCUGCGCGGCCCCGCGCCCGCCGCCGUGCGGGUGGCCAAGCAGAAGAGCCGCACGCACCGGCACCUGCAGCGCUGCCGCCGCGGCCGCCCGCCGCCCGCCGCCUUCGCCGUGCCCUGCCGCCGCCUGCGGAGCCACGGCGACGUGGAGCGGGCGGCUGGCGCCGUGCCCUUCCCCGCCGUGGCCAAGCUGGAGUUCGGCGCGGGCGGCGUGGGCGUGCGGCUGGUGGAGAACGCCGGGCAGUGCCACGCUCACGCCGCCCGCCUCUGGAGGGACCUGCGCGACGACGCCGACCACCCGGGCAUCGGGCUGGGCUGGGGCAACGCCAUGCUGCUCAUGGAGUACGUGCCGGGCACCGAGCACGACGUGGACCUGGUGGUCUUCGAGGGGCGGCUGCUGGGCGCCUGGGUGUCGGACAACGGCCCCACGCGCGUCCCCGCCUUCCUGGAGACGGCGGCGUGCCUGCCCUCCUGCCUGCCCGCCGACCGGCAGGCGCAGCUGGUGCGGGCGGCGCUGCAGUGCUGCCGGGCCUGCGGGCUGCGCGACGGCGUCUUCAACGUGGAGCUCAAGCUGGGCCCGGCGGGGCCGCGCCUGCUGGAGAUCAACCCCCGCAUGGGGGGCUUCUACCUGCGGGACUGGAUCCGCGAGGUCUACGGCCCCGACCUGCUGCUGGCCGCCGUGCUGGUGGCGCUGGGGGUGCCGCCCGUGCUGCCCGCCCGGCCCGCGCCCCGCACGCACCUGGCCGGGGUGAUGUGCCUGGCCUCGGAGCACGGUGACACCCUGGCGGGCGGCGGCGGCAUGGAGGCUCUGCGGGAGCUGCACGGCCGCGGGCUCGUCCGCCUCAACCGGCUCUUCGAGGAGCCCGGGGGCGCCGGCGAGUACGAGGAGCCGCUGCUGAGCGUGGCGUGCGCCGGGGCCACGCUGGCCGAGGCCUGCGAGCGCCUGCUGGGGCUCUGCCAGGGGUUGGGCAUCGACUCGCCGCGGUAUCCCGUGGAGCAUUUCUUGUCCCACUUCAAAUAGCGCCGGGCAGGCAGCGGGGAGAGCGGGGGAAUGCGUGCCCCGGCACACCCGGCACACCGGCACCGCUCCCGCCGCCCCGCCGCCCCUCCCCGGCACCCCCCCGGCACCCCUGGCCUGGCACACCAUGUCCUGGCACCCCCGCACCGCCCUGGAUCCCAGGCACCUGCCCUGCCACCCCAUUGCCUGGCAUUCCCUUUUGUCCAGGCACUCCAUCCCCUGGCAUCCCCUCGCUCCCCUGGCAGCCCAUCCCCUGGCACCCUGACAUCCCAUCCACUGGGAUCCUCCCAUUAACCUGGCACUCCGUCCCCUGGCAUCCCCCGACUCUCCUGGUGCCCCCCAUCCCCUGGCAUCCUGAAACCCCAUCUCCUGGCAUGCCCCACUACUCUGACACCCCAAUCCCUGGCAUCCCCCAUGUCCUGGCACCACAUUCCCUGGCAUCCUCGUCCAUCCUGGCACUUCCUCAUCACACUGACACCCCUCACCUGAACAUUCCCCCUCUCCCAGUCCAGGCACCCCAUCCCCCCUGCCCUAGCACCCCAUCCUCUGGCAUGCCUCCAUUACCCCAGCACCCCAUCCCCCUGCCCAGCACCCCAUUCCCCGCUUCCCAACGUCCCUCCCUGUCCCUUCUGCCCUGUCCCUACAGUCUGUCCCUGAAGCUGGGGGUCUGUCCCAUGCCUGUGGACACACAGGGGGACACUGUCCCCUGCUGUCCCUGUGCCACCCCCAGGGUGGGGCAGCCAGGACCCCCGAAGCAGCCAGGCCACCCCAUGAGAGCAGCAGGUGACACGUGAGGUGUGUUGGCACCUGCUGGCAUGGGGACACCCCACAGGAACAAACUGUUAUGGGGAGGGAGACCCCAUAAUGACAACGAAUUAUUGGGACAUCCCAUAAUAACAAAGAAACGUGGGGAGACCCCACAAUAACACACCAGCAAGGGGAGACCCCACAGUAACAGACUGAGGUGGGGAGGCCCCACAGUGACACCCGGGAAGGGAAAACCCCACAAUAACAAAUGGGGAGAACCCACAGUAACAAACCCGAGUUUAGGGGAGACUCCACAACAGCAUACACUGAAAGGGGGACCCCACAAUAACAAACUGGCAUGGGGAGACCCUACAGUGAUGGACCUGCACCAGGGGACCCUACAACAACAGAGGGGCACCCAGGGAUUCCCUGGAGCAGCUCAGAAAUCCUCUGGGAAAAGUUGUGUUAUGUCAUAUAGGGCUGUCUCUGGGGAGGCCCUACAGUAACACCGGUGACCCCACACAAACACCCAGCCCCUGUAAUGCCCGAGAUCCAACAACAACACCAGGCACCCCACUCUAACACAGAGCCCUGCAGUUCCCUGACCCUACAAUAACAGCAGUGACCCUACGAUAACACCCACAUCCUACAGCCCUCGCUACCCUACAAUAACACCAGAGAUCCUACAAUAACACAGAGCCCCUGUAGCGCCUGAGAGCCUGCAAUAACACACAGCACUGUAGUGCCUGAAACCCUCCAACAAACCCCAGUCCCUGCAGUGCCCCUGACCCUACAAUAACACCAGCGACCCUACAAUAACACCCAGCUCCUGCAGUGCCCCUGGCCCUACAAUAACAUCAGAGACCCUACAAUAACACCAGAGACCCUACACCAACACCAGAGACCCUACACCAACACGCAGCCCCCACAGCAGCAGCAGUGACCCCACACCCACCCCAGUGACCCCACAACCACCCCGGUGCCCCGCAGCCCCACUCGUGCCCCUCAAACCCCGACCGGGAUCUCCACGUGGGGUCACCGGGGUGUCCCCCUCUCUUCCUGCCCCUCCUCUGACGUCACGGCGGCGCCGCUGACGUCAGCGCGGCGCAGGGGGCGUGGCGGGCCGGGGUCCCCAGUAAAGGCUGUGAGCGGC